AUGGCGGAGCGUGAAAUAAUGAUCGGCGGUCGAAGGCUUUCCCAGCUCAAGGUCGAUGAACUCAAAGUGGAGCUGGAAAGGCGAGGCCUCAGAAAAAGUGGUAACAAAGGAAUCCUUAUUGAAAGACUACAAGAGGUAGUUUUGUUUGUGUUAUGUACUAGAUCGCUAAGUAACUCGUACUAUUGACUGAACGGUUUUCUUUGUUGUAUAAUUUUGCAUUUUGUGUUUGUUCGUUGUUUGUGUGUUUAUCAGAUUCCAGUUAAACAACUGUUUGUAUGGCUAGAAACUAGCUAUCCUUUGUAACUCGCAUCAUUUACUGUAAAACUCAGAUUAUUCAUAUUUUAACGUUGUAACUAGCUAGUUAGAUCGGCUGUCUUAAUUGAAGUAAAGCGGUUUGAUUUCUUAUAAGCUUUAUUAAUGUCAUCACUGCCAUGCUAGCAGAAGUGCUUUGGGUAAGGUCUCCGCUCAGCCCAUUAAAUGUUUCGACACUUCUCACUCUAAUCUAUUUGUGUGAAAUAUGAGAUUGAUUCAUGCAUAAUAGAUGUAUGGGGCUGUACGGAAAUUUUACCUUUUUUGUAUAGCAUUGUGCAAUUAGAGUUUAAAAAUUGAGAAUAGAGUUGAUCCUUUAUCCCGAGAUCCAGAUCUGUUAGCACAAAUGAUAUUUUAAACUCAUCAACAAAGAUAAGCGGAUCAAUAUCCGUUUCUAGAAAACUACCCACCUAAGUACCCCUCCCCUAAGCAGCAUUUUGCCCUAAGUGAGACGUAAUUGUUAAUGUUGGCUUAGGAGGGAGGAGGCGGUAGGUGGGCUGCUUCCCUGAAAUGUAUAAUGAUCCAGAUAAGCUUGGGGAAGGUGCUGGAGAGGCUUUUGUAAAUUAAGAACUGCAGCUGAGUGCGGCAUGUAACUAUGAUAACUGUUUGAGGGGCAUCUGCCCAGGCACCAUCUACUUACAUAAGGGAGGGUGCAAUAGUGAGCAGAACUAUUCAUGAACACAAGCAUUAAAAAUCAAUGCAAACCUUAUGGCCAAACCUCAACAGAGAUGCUGUAAAUUCCUAAAAGCCCUUGCAAAGGUACUUGAGUACCCUGGGUAAUCUCAGAUGAAAGACUGACAAUCAGCAAUUUCUCGAGUCCAACAUUAAACCAAUCUAUAUUGUUGAUUAUAGUUUUUAAUCCUGGAUCAGGACUAAUCAGUCUUUCAGGACCUGGGUGUAGAUCAUAGAGUGAGUUUCUUUGGGAUGAUCCAGAUCAGGAUCAGAGAUCCUAGAUCACUCCGAUCAUGGUACAUGAAAUGAACAAAUGAAUCCUUUGUUACGGUGGGUUUGUGGAUUCUUGCCAUAUAUAUUCUGUCAUCCAAGUGGUCUUACAAAUAGUUAUGGUGAGUCCUGGGACUCAUCUUGUGAAAAAUCAUGUGUCCCAGUUAAAAAACAUGAGUGCCUGGGUCUUUAUGUAACUACUCAGUUAAUCCAAAGACAGACUCCAAAACUCUGUAUUACUGAAUACAGUUUACUGAAAUAAAAAUAUACUCCUUCUGUUGUCAAGCACAACAAAGACUAAAAGAAAUAUGUGCCAUUAAACAACAGCUACAAAACACGAUAUUCUACAAAAUCAUCUUCAGAUUGAUCACUUGAUCUUUGCAUCCUACGGGACACAUGUCACAAAUUAUUUUGCAAAAUUUUUAUGCGUCAGAGACGCAGGUUGCAGAGGUAGCAAAAUCACUGAGAUGAGCUGAUCCUGAUCCGGAUCAUCCCAAAGAAACACACCCAUACAGCCUCUAGAGUUGAUAAUGAUCAAUAUUUCAUGUUUAAUAAUAAUAGGUAUAGUGUACAUGAUGUAAUUAUAAGUUAUUAUCUAAUCAAGGCAAAAGUGGGUGUCUAUACACUUAUGGUGGUAGCUUGCGUCUUACAAAACUAAUUAAAAACACUUAUGAUGUACAUUGCAGUACUUGUAUUUUUCGCUUUUAUUUUCAGGCCAUUGACAAGGAGCUUGAGCAGAAAGAAGGUUAUGACAGUUUUUCUGUUCCACAGCAAACACACCAGCAGCCGGUGGCAAAUGCUUGGCCACAUGCUCUGAUGCAGCAGCAGCAACAACAACAACGCCCAGGUAUGUUAUUUAUGUUGCAUUAUUUUGGAAAAGCUAUAGAUUGCUUUUGCAUAACUUACUAUUAACCAGGCCUUACAAAUGUAGUUGUUGAAAAGCUGGAUAGCCCUAUAUAUCCUAAAUCACUAUCCACUGGUUAUUUACAGUACAACCUUAAAAGUAAGUCGGCAGUCACUCGUGUCUUGAUCUUCAAGACUCGAUACUCAAGUUGCAAAAAUUGCAAGUCAACCCAAGAAAUACAAUGUACAAUGAGCUUGUCACUUGACUGAUCUCUCGAGAAACAUUUGAUACUCUUUUUGGCGCAUCAAUGAACUCACUGGCUUAAACUUAAAAGGAGCUCCAUGAAAUGACAGGUUUCUAUAUCCAACGUAGAUUUUUUCCAGUAGAGUUCGCUGGCAUAUCUGUUUGUCCAAAAGAAGCCAAAAGGUAUGACAGUAUCUUGGAAGCCUUGCCGAUCGGUCUAUGAUUCAUUUCAGCUUGAAAAGUUUAACAAAACCUGCAGGCAGUUACAAGCAAAGCUAUCAUCUCAAAGUUUUUUAAAAACAGGUAGUUUUCAAUGUGGUGCAGUGGAUGAAGUGACUUUAUUAAAAGCAUGUUUUACAUAAAUAUGGAAGUGCCGAUCCUUCAGAAAGCGAAUUUUAAUAUGCAACAGUCUACAGGUAGAGGUAAUAAUUUGUUCGCUUGUUUUUCACGGUAAAGCUUUACCAUUGAUUCUUGAAAUCGCCCAAGAAUUUUUUUAUCCGACCACACCAUUGUGCAGAGAGCCAGCAGGUUUCCACCAAAAGUUAGUGAUUUUGUCAGGCCCUGGCACACUCCAUAAUUAUUAUUAUUAUUAUUAUUAUUAUUAUUAUUAUUAUGAUGAUGGACAAUACAAUGGUCCAACAUGUUUUUGAAAUAACUUAAAGAGUCCCAAAAUAUCAUGUUAUUGGUACCCAUGGUCUCAGACUCUUCAACCAUACUGCUUUACAUGUGAAAUCUCAUUAGGAAAUAAAGAAAAAUGAAGUUUAAUCUGUUAAGAAAACCAGGGAACAAAACGAAAAACUACGAUGUACACUUCACAGGGAUGGUGUUUCAAAUAAUUUUCUAUCCUCCUCAUAAAUUUAAUUAAUUAAAUUAAAAAGUUAAUAAUUUAUUUAAACUUACAUGUAUAAUACUAAUUUGUGGCCUGCAACUUUUUAAGAUGGCUUCCAAGUGCAAUCAAUGGGAAUUCAGCAGCAAAGUUUAUUAAACCAACCACAAGGAAUGCAUAAUCAGCCACAUGUUAUGAUGAAUCAACAUCAAUUGAUGAUCAACCAGCAACAGGUAUGAUGCUGCUGCUUACGCUGUUAGCAUUGACAAAAAUGUUGGACUUUGUUUUUCAGCUAAUGUUUUCUCCUCCUAAGACGUUUUUUUCAAACAUAGUCAUCCAAUCCAUGGAGCUACAUAUAUUUUGUCAUUCAGGCCAUGGAGCUACAUGGUCGAACCAUCCAACUAGCCACUUGCAGCUUGUGUAGUUCUUUACCUUGAGUAUUAGUUUGGUGAAGAAGACCAAACUUGUAAGUGAAGUCAAGUUACAUAGGCACGGCUGUCAUUAAAAGCCGGGGGCCGGGGGCCAGGGAUCUCCCCCAGCUACUAUGAAUGUGGCCCCCGGCUGCUUUCAUUUGAAAACAAAAGAAAAAUAGAACCAAGAUAAAUCCCUAGCGGUUUGAUUCCCUGCCUACUUGUUAUAUUUACCCAGUAACUUGAAAUCUUAGUGACAACCCUGCAUAGGCAUAGGCAAUCCCUCUAUUUCUCACUUAAUUGUUUACCCUGAGUAUUCUCUCAGCACAGAGGACCAAAUUCAUAAGCUGAGUCAAGCUAUCUACCAACUGAGCUAGUCGUGCAACAAUUUUGCUUGCCAUCAAUAAAAAGGUCUACCUUGGUUUUUGUUUGUAUCUUUACGGUUGUGUUCUUCUUACUUUGUAGCAAAUUACCUCUCCAGUGCAAGUUAAGGAAUUCAGAGAGCAGUGGCCCCAAGCCCAAAUGCCACAAACCCAAUUGCAUGGAACACAAUCCCAGAUUCCUCAAGCCCAAGUACUACAUUCCCAGGUGCCACAGCCCCAAAUGCCGCCAGUCCAAAUGUUGCAAUCCCAAGUGCAGCAAGCCCAAAUGCCGCCAAGCCAGAUACCACAGCCUCAAAUGCUGUAUCACCAUCCACAAGAAAACCAAAGACUUAUAAAUCAAAUGACUUCAAUUCCUGAACCUGCACCUCUGACGCAUCCACCCAGUGAAGAAACUCAACCACAUGUUGAACCCGAGGCAGAUUCACCAAGCUCAUCAGCCUCAGACUCGGCACAACAGUCGUCAAGUUCGUCAAGUGCGGACACAGACGAUCAUGAACAGGAACAACGAAAAUCAUUGUUAAAUGAUGAAUUUCCGGUAGAACAAAAGCCUGCAAUUGAGGAAAAGAAUACAGAAGAAUCUCCAUAUAAUGUGGAGAGUCAAGAAGAUAGUACGGAAAAGGCAACACUGGAAAAUGAAGCUGAGGAGAACUCGAUUGUGAAAAAGACAUUGGCAGAUGAGGAAAUGAGACCACCAGUUGAGAGCAAAGAGGAAGAAGUGGAAGUAAAAGAAGAGGAUGAAGAAGAAAACACACUACCAGAAGAAAAAGAAAAGGAGGCUGAGGAUGAGAAGGAGAAUGAACCACCUGAUGAGACAAUGCAACAACAGCCAUCACCAGACGAGGAAAAUACAUUUGAAGUGGAGCCGAGUGAGGAGGACAAAGCAGUUGUGGAGGAACCUAAAGUCCCCUCGCCACCAGUGAGUUAAUUUUUAUGAAAAUACUUACAAGUUGUGUCUAAACGUGUCUCUUUUAUCCAAUAAUUCGUGAACAAAAAGUUAAGGAAUCAAUUCUGGGCAUGCGCAUUAGAUGAUUUUACAGUAAAUUUUGCAAAUUGUUUGCUUAUAGUGUCAGGUCUUUAUAAAAGCCUGGAAUUACAUUGUAGUGGAGUCACCCUUUAGGCUAGCAUGUUAGUUUUACAAGUUGCCCAACAAUGAGGCAUGCAACAUUUGCCAAGAAAAAGUAAAUGUUUAAGUGGAAAGUGGGAUUGACAAGCUUGCUGCAUGAUAUGACUGCUCCACACAAGUAAACUUCAGCAACAACUAGGCAAGCAAUGUUUAUAAUGAGCUUGAAACUAAAAAAAUGAAAAUAAUUAUUUAGUUAAAUCAAGGAUAAAAUUUAACCACAAUGGAUACAGUCAUACUGUGCAUGGGCACAGAUGGGUUUUCUCAUGUUUCAAUUAGUUAAUUAGGUAAUGUCUAAAAGAUGACAUAUGCAGUGUACAUGUAAGUCUUAUGCCUUCCUUGGCAAAGACAGGCCUCUUUGUAAACAGGUAAGGUGUGUUUCAAAUGCAUCCUUUACUUAAUCUAUACAUACUGAUUGAUUGUGACAAAAGCCGUUCACUUUUUUUUAGAAAUCAACUUCCCCCAUCGUUACCAAGAAAAGGAAAAUAUCUAUUCCAAGUAAGUCAUUACAUUCAUUCUAAGGAGUGGCUCAAUGGCAUCCUAAGCAAGUCCCUUUAAAGUCAGUCCUUGAAUUUCAGUCUGGAGCAAGGCUGCUGCCUAAUGGGUGCCCGGUCACCAGAGACUCCUAUGGUUUGCUCUCGGGCAACUAAAAUUUUAAACAAGGAGCCAGCACAGGCACCUUAAACUUAUGAUUCUUAUGUCAAUAGCCUGUAUGCUUACAUGUACUUCCAAUGAAGGACUGACAGAGUUCCAUCCUCAUUUUGCGCUCUUGAAAUGAAAACGUAAAACGUGGGUUCGUUGACCACAGGCAAAAAAUUUCCGCUGAUAAAGGUAAACCAACAAGCACUUUUGUAAAAAUUCGAAACUCGAAUGAAUCAAGUUUCGAGAUGCAUGAAUUGAGUUUUGAGCAUCUGCCUCCUUAUUUAAGGUUAUCGAUCAGUGGGCUCCUAGACAUGUGGCUCAGGCUCCUAACUUUUUAUUUUUAAGGUUCCUAAAAAAAUUUACUAAGUAGCAGCCUUGUAGGGAAUUUGCAAAUAGUGUAUGUGGAUAAUAUUUAGGUUUUAGGGUUUAGAGAGAUAUGACUGUAAAUUAUUUAUCUCUGAGACACUGACAAAUUAAUGAAAAUACAGGUAUCAUUCAGUCAGUACUGUACAGUGUAUGUUUGCUUUGUUUUAAAAUUUGUAUAGGUAAUAGCAUGAUUUGUAGUGGUAUUUGGCUUAAAUACCACGAGUGAUAAUUAUUUUGAAAUUGUUCUACAUAAUUUCACGAGCCAUUAGGCGAGUGAACUUUGAGACAAUUUUGAAAUAUUACGGGUGGUAUUUUAUGCCACGUACACUGUAUCACGUGCAAUUCAUGCUAUUAUUUGUUUAUACUACUACCCACAAAAGGUUUGUAAUUUUCACGUGUAGGUAUUUUGAAUCAAGCUGAAAUACCAUUGCUCUAAGCCAAUCAAAUUGCAGAAAUUUCUGAUGUAGUGGUACAUUGUAUAACCUAGGAAAUCAUGUAGCCAGUACACUUGUCUCCCUCAAAGUUGUUAAUUAAAAGUAGAUAGACAUCUCAGUGCCUUUCAUCUCAAGUGGACUUAAUGUUGGCUUACUGCUGCACUGUGUUGUUGUGUAUCAAGGAACAUCCUUACCCAGCACACCAACUUCUGAUGGACAACCAGGAUCAAGGAAAAGAAGAUGGGGUUCAUCUUCAAGCAAGAAGAAAACGUCCCUUUCUAUAAGCACAGAUUCUUUAAAGGUAAAGCAUUCUACAACAGUAAGUUUAUUUGUUGGGUUGGAGAGUUUUUUUGUUGUUUUUUUGUUUUUGUUUGUUUGUUGGUUUGGUUUUUUUUUUCAUCCAAGUAGCCGGGGACAAAAAGAUACCAUGUAACAUUUUAAAAAGUGAUUUUUCAGGGACUGGUAUUUUGAAAUGUCGAGCUCUGAGCUGCAUAGUAGCCACAGAUAGACCAGAUGUUGUUUGAAGGUUGCUUUGUUGUGGUGAAAGAAAUAAAUUGUUUUGUUAUGGAAGACAUUUUUUAAGUCACAAAAGAAUCCACUAGGAAAGUGGAUGUUUUUCACAUACAUGAUUUCUGCCAACUAAAGAAGAAAUCAUUAAGAGAAUUUUCAACAGUAUGUUUGCUUACUGCAAAAAAGCCACACAGAACAGGCUAACAAGGUUGAAUUUUGCCUUUUACUAGCUACCCAUGUGCAAACACUUCAAAUCCACAUCGGCAUCUCCCAGCUGAGUUACCAUGUAUCUACGUAACCAUGUCAUUGCCACAGAAGAAUUUAGACAGUCAAGGUGUUCAUACUUCAUUGGUUAAAUUUUCAACCACGCGUGGUGAAAAUUUGACCUUGAUUUUAGCAUUCAAAUCUUUCAAAGGCUAAGCAUCUAAAUUUUUGUAGGGUCAGCAUGGUUUCCUAUGAUUGGAGGUCCUAAACGCAUGAAUUUUCAACUAGUCAAAACUUUGUCUUGUAACCUGUCAAGGUAGCCUUUGUUCAGUUGUGUUUGUUCAUUCUCUAGGACCUCAUUCCAGGAGUACAGGUGCACAGCACUCCAGCACUGGAAGCAGUCAUGGAUCUUGGAGGGGAUGAUGAUGAUGAGAAGGAGAUAGAGGAUGAAGAGAAAAAGACGGAAGAGAAAGUAGAGGAGGAGAAAGAUCCAGCGCCUGUAAAGACACCUGAAACCCCAGAGCCUGAGAACAAAAAGCGGAAAGAAAGGAUUGUGAAAGUAGAGGAAAAGAAGACCAUAAAGCUACAGAGAAAACCUAUUGUAAUUGAAAAGGAACAGGAAACUAUCAAAAUGGAGGUUGAAGAAGGUACUGUUGUACACAGCUGGGAUAAUCUGUUGUGUUUGUAUUAUUUUACUCAACUGCUUCUUUUGUCCCAUUACUGUUUGUUGAUGUGUGCGUGUGAAUUAAUGACAUUAUUAAUCAUAAUUUUGACUUUCAAAUGACCUUCUACAGCUGUACAUCCUACCAAAUUGACAAGUUCACGUGACUGUGAAAUAGGCCUUCCUUGCAUUUCUGUAAACAAAGUCAUUAACUUGCGGUUUGGAAAUGGGUUGGCAAGAUACAAUGACUUAUGUAAACCUGGACCUUGUUUUUUUUAGCACAGCUCACAAGAGAUGAAAUGUAGGGAAGGCCUUCAGAUCAUUGCCAUUCUUUCAGAGCACCCUAACUGUAGCUGCAGUUUACGUUGCAGUUGGCAAUGGCCUAAUUACCAUCAGAAUAGCGUAGAGGAGACUUAUUAUUAAGUUCUUUGCUGGCAGGUUUCAUAUUUUAUCUUUCAGUAGCAGUAGCAGAUUUGCAUCUCUUUCGUUAGAUCACCACUCUCAAUUUCAAGGGUGAAAAAUAAGAAGAAUCCUGAUUUGAAUUUUGAGCAGACUAAAAUCAAUAAUAAUAAUUACCACACAAAAGGUCUGUCCAAGAUGUUUCUUUUGAAAGGUCACACUGUAAGAUUCCGUUCAUGGACUCAAAAGUUAAAAUGAUAUCAAAUGUGCACACCAUAACUCUCAAAUUUAUGAAGGUGAUAACUUGAUCUUAAAGUCUCCUCCUGCAACGUGCACUGCAGCUAGAGUAUAAACUUAUUGUGCAAGGUCAUUUGAUAGUUAUCUAACAACAGUUGUCUUUUCUCUGAGCAUCCUUGUUUUAUAUCUAACCUUGUGCACACAGCAGCAGCCGUAGCAGCUACAAGUGUAAAGUCCCUUAUGAGCUCUCUCUCCCUGUACAUGAUGAUCCCUUUUCUGUGCCGACAGCAUGCGGUGUGGGAGGUUUUCUAUGGGUUACACCCAGCUGGGUGAUCUGAUUAGAAAAUAUGGAAAGAUGCAAUGUGGACAAUGCUAUGGUCAGAUGGCAUGCGAGUUUUGAAAGACCACAGAGUAAUGAGAUAUGUUUAUGACAACCUGUUCAUACGUGGUGGGUUUGCCAAACUAGAAGAUUUCUUUUAGCAAAGAACAUUUGUCAACUCCUGAAACUGGGUUUUGCAACCAAAAACAAAGCAAAUGGUGUUUAAACCCAGGACACUGUCUUGUCUCAGAUGACUCACUCAACUGGAAUGAAAAUGAACACCACUGAAAACAUCAAUGAACUAACCAAGGACUCAUUGACACACAACAGGAAACAAAAUGAGAGUAUCCUGAGAGUGAUACACUGACUUAAAUUUGAAAUGCAACAAAGCAAAGAGAAGAAAGAAAUAACCAAGAAAAGAAAACAGAAACGUUCUUCCAGAACAGCAUGUUGUGCCUAACUCAAUGGCAUUCCUGAAUUCAGAGUAAGCACAGCAAAAGAAUGAAGGAUCGUGAUGUCUGAACCAACCAAGAAGUGGCAAGACUGUUUCAUUUCCUGGCCACUCUUUUGUGAUACCAAAUACUGAAAACAACACAUAUUUGCUUGUGCCACAAUGUGUUUUACAUCUCUAGACUGUGACAGUGCUGCAACAACUCACUGUAUGGACUUAUUAAAAGAAAGCUUUGUGAAUGCAACAAUACUCAACAAAGUUAUAUCUUACAGAACUGCAAUGUCUGUCUACCUUGCCUGAAAUGCAACCACAGCUACACUGUUGCUGUGGUUACUGAUGGCAAUACCAACAAAAAGACGAUUGUUUUUCUGCCUUGGAUGGGAAGAUGAAUAUACUUGUAUUCUUUAUUCCAGACAUUUGCUGGUAAAUGAUUAGGUAAGAGACAGGAAUGAUUUAUAGCACAGGGAAAACACAGUGAAAACUUGAAGUGGAAAGGAACAGCUCUGAUUUUGAUCUACAUUUGCAACAACCGUAACGAUUCGAGUUCUUACAUGUACAUUUCCAACAUUGAAAUAGUCUUCAAAUCAAGGAAAAUGUGAACCUUAUAAGACGUCUUCAGACAAAAACUGACACUGUUGAACCAGAAAAUAUUCGGAUGAUGUGGAAUGAAAAGUAUCGAUGAAUCUACUGGACAAGAAAAGGUUGUGAUUAUUGUCUGCGGGAUUUAAUUACAGUGCGACUUUUAUCCCUCUUCUUUCGGUCACGUGCAAGAACAUAAAUGGAGUAAGAAAUGACAAGCAACCACACAAAACUACUUUGAAAGACACUUCCGUGUGUCAACCUUGUCACAAGCAAAUUGAAGUCCAUUCAAAUACUGCACUGUUAAGAUCAGGACAAAAUGCUGUGAGAACAAUGUCAUUGUGUCAUAUAAAUGACUCGAGGGCUGCAUAGUGUUCAAAGUUGACUAUUCCUGAAAUAUGAUAAUCAUUAGAGGUGACCAAGAGACGCUUGUAUGCUAUUGACUCAGUGGCUGAAUGUUAGCCUGGGAUUUGCUGUUGGUGAUGAUAUUGAAAUUUACUUGAUGAUGUUCAGAAGCCAUCAGGGUCGUCUGUGGCUGUGCGUACCACAUCUUUUCCUGUGUUUGAGCCGCAAACCAUUUGACAGUGUUGUACUAGCUAGCGCUGUAUGCAGAGGAGUAUUUUACAUGCAGUGAUUUUUAUUGCCAGUAAACAUUGCAAUUUCAGCAAAGUUUCCUUGUUGGUCAAAUUUUGAUGCAAAAAGUUAAUUUCAUUGUCAAAUACACAAGGAAGGCCUUUUGCAAAUCAUUCAGCCAACAAGGAAGCGUGACUGAAAAUUAAAGUUGUAUUUAUUUUAUUUGAUUUGAUUAUUAUUUUUUCGAAUGUGUUUUUAUAACUCUACUACGUCUCAACCAGAGUUGUUGUACUAUAAGGAUGUGUUGAUGACUGGUCUAAUCUUUUACAUGCAAUUGGCAUUAUCACUACGUUGAAUGCAACAUAUUUAUAUCAAGUGUUGUAGUCUCUAUUUCCUCAUUUCUUGAUAUUGCACCCAUUACCAAUGUAAUCUAACGUCCGGUUUUCUUUCGCCCCAUAAUUAAGGUUACUUUGUAAAACCAAGUUAACUGUCAACAAAAUAGGCACAACAGUUUGCAGUUACAUGUACAUUGUCUGUGCUCGGUGACGAGUAAGAAGAAAAAAAAAUCUGAUAUCUAAAAUUCUCGGAGGUUUUGAUAACCAUUCGUUAAAUUUGAAUUACUGGCUAAACGAGCUUUAAACUUUUUGUCAAUGUUAAGCUAACUGUGUAAUUGUUUUCAUUUCAACAUUAAUACAGUUAUUUUCCAAAAUUGCUGAAUGAAUUAAAAUUGUCAAGUGAAAGUAUUGGAGUCCUCAGCACUGUACUAGAACAACUGUGGGGUAGAGUUUUGUGUUUCUCCUGCUAUUUGCCGUAGAACUUUUACAGGUUAAUUCUAACGCGACUAAACUGUUGUGUGUCCUUCUUCUAUACCGUCCUCAGUUUUUGACUGCCUUUUACCUGUAUGUUUGCCAUGUUUAGAAGCUGAAACUCCAAUAAGUGAUAAUCCUCAUCCACGACGAACAUCAGCACCUCUUCGAGAAACUUCACCCAUACGAGCUGAACGAUCACCAUCACCCUCAACACACCCGGAGAGCGAGGUACUACACGUGAAGAACCUUGUGCGACCGUUCACCCUGAACCAGCUUAAAGAGCUCUUGGGAAAACAUGGAUCACUGGCUGAGGAUGGAUUUUGGAUUGACAAGAUUAAGUCACAUUGCUACGUUGUGGUAAGAAGUGUGCGAAAAAAAAGCCUUACGUUCGCUGAUAUUUUCAUUUUUACAUAUUGUUUGUUCUCACUUCUUCACAAUAAUAGACCCCUCCAAGGGUUUUUCAACUUUUGAAUGGAACCAGUUAGCGAAAAUCCGUCGAAAGGUUGAAAAGAAGCCAGAAUCAUGAUUUUGUUCUAGCUGAAUUUCAGUCUUCACGCCAGACCUUUUAGCGACUCAGGCACUAAUUUACGGAACAUCUUCACCGGUUUUGCUGUUGGUGGCUAGAAGCUCAAUUCAAAAAAUGCUAGCAAGUUCUUCAUCAUUUUCUUCGGUUGUAAGAGACUAAUUGAGAAAAAGAGACGAAAAUGCGAAUUUCAUGAACAAAACGGUACACGUCAUCUUAUUUAUUUAUAUAUAUACGCACGGGCUUGCGUAAAUAUUUAACAUUUUUUCCACGAGUGCGCGAUGGGUAUGAGUUGACUAUAAUCAUCUCAUAUCCAACAAGCGCCAGUGGAAUAAUUGUUUUAUUUAAAAAAGGGCCACAAAAUAUCGACAACUCUCUUCGAUAUUAUUUGUAAAAACAAACGAUUUUCAUCUUGUUUUUAAUUUUGCUUAGACACGUACAGUUACCAUAUUUGGAGAGCAUGGUAUAACGGCUCAUAUACCAUGAUGGCUAAGCCAAUCAGAGCUCUAGAAUUGCAUUAUCCAAUGAUUUAGUUUUAAAAGAUUUUUUUUUAUAGCGGCUCAAUGGACUUUUAUAGGGCAAGCACGCGCGCUAUGUUACAAAUCCCAUUUUUCAGUUCCUGGAUUUAUGUCUCAUGUAGACACAUAUGAGCCUCUCCUGAUGAGAUGUGCCAAAAUAUCUAAAACGAUGCCAUUGUGUUCGAAUGGCAAACAUUUUUCGCAGGGGCUCUUGUAGUAUUAAAUGUGUAAGGUAAAAGUUUAAGUCGCACACGAAGCAAAGGCCCAAACGACCAGAACUUAUCCCGGUUUCCUUAGCAUGAAGCAUGCUUAGGAGUAUUGCUACUCCCCCCUGGACGGGAUGCUAGUCCAUCGCAGGGUUACCCCCCAGCAAUAAAUAAUAAUCAAGAGACUAUAAAGGGGACAGAGAGGGCAUCCCCCAUAUACACCCUAUUCCAUAGGUAAUUCGUCUCGAGUUAUUUUUAGAAUCGGGAUUUAGUUACCUCGCGCGAGGCGUGGAUGUUUCGUGGAGGUUUCGCAUGACCAAACGCCGUGCAAAACAUGUCGGGCGAGAGGCAAUGAAAGCCUAAAAAGAUCGCUAGCAUUCCUGAAUAUUGAAGCGAAAUGAGUCGGCGCUCACCUGGGAAAAAGGAAUCGCUGGACUCUUUGACAACCCGUGAAAUCAGUUUAACGCGAAGUUGUCGUAACCUCAGUGCUUUAAUAAAAUGAGAAAUUUCGCCGGUUUAUUGAAACCGGUCGUUUGUACAAUUUAGGGAGUUUAAGAUCCAACGACGCGGACGACACCUAGAACGUCAAAAAAACAAUAGGUUUAAUUAGCAAAACAACAACUUCGCACGUGCAACACACUUUUUUGUUCAUUUCUUUCCCGUUUUUGCACGACUACGACGUGAAAAUGCCUAAUUUCGCGUUUUAUGGAGGACGUAAAUAAGCAACGACGAAAUUUUAUUUCUCUUUCUGAGCUUGAAUAUGGUCCCUUGAAAUUCAGCUUUAGGAGGGUUCGCCUACAAUUGACAAAGUACGUGGGUAGGAAUAAUCGCUAUAAAGACUGAAAAAAAAAUAAACAUCAAACCAGAAAUUGCUCUCUUCAAACUGUAAAUUGUAAAUGAUCCUGAGAGAAUAUUCAGUGUGUUAAGGAUUUCCCUGCUCUACUGCUAGCUCUAUACAAGAGAGGAAGGGCGAUUCUUUUUUAAUUUCGGUUUCGCUGACACAGCCUUUGCAGAAAUCUCGCUGUAGUCGUUUUCGUCGACAAAAGGAAUAGCAAAAUCGCUCUCCGCUUCUCCCCCCAUUUUGUUCUGCGUCAUUUCGCGAAGGACGCGUGGCUCUCAGCGUGGGUCAUCCACGCGGAACACAUUCGCGCUAUGUGAUUGGCUGUUGUCUAAUCCCCCUCGAGAUCUGUGGUGUUAAAAAUAACUCGAGACGAAUUACCUAUGGAAUAGGGUGUAUAUGGGGGAUGCCCUCUCUGUCCCCUUUAUAGUCUCUUGAUAAUAAUAAUAUAAUAAUAAUAAUAAUCUUUAUUUCUGUAAAAUUACAUAUCCUAAGUUACAAUAUAAACUCAAAAAACUUUUUACAUAUCAUAUCUAAAAAUGUCGCCGGUAGCCAUUUAUACACCUGGGUUGAAGAAAGACAAAGUUAAGUAAAGUUCCUUGUCUAAGGAAACAACGCGACGGGCGAGGCUCGAACUCCGGACGUUACCGCUCGGCUAAACACGCCUUAAUGUUUACUUCAAUUAAAAAAAAAUUACGUUAUGGGCACUUAAAAUUGUGCCGCUUGUUGUUGAUUAAUAGGCACCUUAAUUAUUUUGUCUUUCUCACAGUACAACAGUGUUGAAGAGGCUGCAGCUAGCAGACAAGCUCUACAUGGUAUCAAGUGGCCAACAACAAGUCCAAAGAUUCUCGCAGUUGAUUUUGCUGAUAAUGACGAGGUUAGUACAUGUUCACGCAUAACUCUCGUGUUCUUCUUGAGGCGCGUUUGGUUGACCGUAUUCCGGAAUAAGAAUGAAUCAUGAAAUAAUUUCUAGAAAUCACUUGUUCGUUCCUGUGGUACGAACUGUGCAAGUCUGUCAGCUGAAACUCUGCAUGUAGUAGUUCCAAAUACCACCGAAAACCCUGAUCUGUAACCAACCUUCCUUGUGUUCUUAUUUCGUCACACGGUCAAUCAAACGUACCCUUGUUAACUAACUGUGGGGAAAAUGGGAAAUUAGGCCUAGUUCAAUCGUCGAAUUUUCCAACUCUUCAAUUAAGUACAUGGAAAGAUCGACGUUUGAAUCAGUUACGUCCCAUAUGUCUAAUUUGGCUCGACCCAUGAAUAAAGUUCGACUGACCCACAUGGGAAUUUCAGCCUGCUCAGCAGGCAUCGAAAGGGAGAUGGGGAGGAAGGUAAAAAGGGAGGGGGAUUGAAGAGAGAAGGGAAGGGACCCCUUCCCUUUUCCCCUCUUUCACGCUUUUCUCCCUCUCCCCUCACCCUCCUCUUUUUGCGCAAUGCCACGCAGGUUAGGGAAUUUCGACCAUGGGGCUUCUUCGUUUCAGUCGUUGAACUUUUCAUGUGUCAAGUCUAAUUCAUAAAUUACUAUAAAUUAUUUCGUCUGGUUAAGUAUUUUAGAUCAUUGUACAUCUUGAAAAUGAAUUGGGUCCGACUAAUUAAGCUUAACGUUUGAAUUGACCGUCGAAAUAUAUUAUCAUUUGGGUAGAUCCAAAUAGGUAUUAAGUUCGGUGCAUGAAAAGUUUGACGUUUGAACUGGACCUCAAACUCCUAACUAUGGGAAAACGCUGCCCGCUGCCCUUUCAAAGGAACUUGCAUGCAAAAUGAAUGCGAGUCACUAUAUAAUACACUACACAAUAUCGCAACAAUGUUGCUAAAAAUCGUCGUUGCGAAUUGCCCCUUGUAACAUCACCUUUAAACUCCCUAUUAGCCUGGUUCACCCGUUCAGCAAGAUUGUGAGAAAUGGCACGAAACUGAGAAGGGAGGGUCCAAAAUUGGAAGCUAAUGAAAGAGGAGAGAGUUCUUUCUAUGCCUUCCUCUCUUAACCUCUAUUAACUUUGUCUUCUUCUCUGGCAUCUCUUAACGCCGUCCCCACUAUCGGAACGCCUGGAGCAAGCUAGCGAACUAUAUUUGAGUCGCUGUGUCGUUCAUUUUCUGUAUAUAAAUUUUUUUAUAUUUUGUUAUUUAAGCGACUAUUUUUGGCUUAAUUUUUAUUCUAUUUACAUAUAUCAUUGUGACAUGUCAUCAUUUUGACGUAUUUAUUGGUUUAGUUAAUUGGUUAUUGUCACUGAAAAGCCAUUUUUAGGGAGUUCCAUUAGAUUCUGUAUUGUAUUUGUUUCAAAAAUGUUCAAACGGCUUCGACCGACAAUGAAACAAUGUGAUAAAGCAAGAGUUGGCCCAAACAUCGAGGCGAACUUCAGAAGUGUUCAAGAUACGCAUCAACUCAUUCCAGCAAAGAAAAACUGAUUUUGGUUUGGGGCGGGGGGGAGCGUGUUACAUAGUAGAUUAGCUUCCACGGUUAAAGACAAAACAAGCCCGUCUGCAAAGUAAAAUCCUCAAAGAUACGUGCCUGAUGUUUUGUUACGAACUUAGUUUUCGUUCUCCAACUCUGUAUAUCUACAGAUGGCGAGAGAUACUGAGGGAGCCUUGGGCAAAACAAAGGGAAAGGAACGAGAGUCGAAACUUGAGAAAGUUGUGAAGAAGGAUCGACCAGGUAUGAUAUGAGAAACAAACACUAACACAGUGAUUGUUUGUGACCUAGAAAUGAUUCUUAACAUGCGUACAACAAACUACCUUGCAGCAUCUGUUUUGAUUGGUUAAUACAGCGGAGGGAGACGGUAAGCUUAAAGACCUAUUGUGUUGUGUCACGCACUCCUUCCUAACGAGUCUUGGAGACAACUGCGUGACAAGCUUUAAGAGGGUCUCCUGCUAAAUCUGUGGUAUAACUUAUUUUUAUCCUCCGCGCUAACAGCUACUUUACCUUGAAUAUUAUUUUGCCACUGUUUCAUAGAGCUUAAAUUUGAAUUUGUCCAAUUUAUCCAUGUAUUUUUUGUUUGCUCCUCACUAAAGAACUGCCCUUCAGUGUUAUGUCCUUGUAUGUGUUUUUCCUGUGGCUGGAACCUGCCAAGCAAAUCGGUUUAUAGGCUCGCUUUCCGCGGCUUCCUCGGUUCCUGUCUUGUUCUGGGGGGAAGCGCAGGCGGCCGCUCAUUUUUUGAACAGCGGCAGGUUCUGUAGUCUGCUGCACAGCUGUUCUUUGUGUCGUCACGCAACCGCCACGCUCCUCCCAAUGAAGACGACACAAAGAGGACGCAAAAACGGCUGUGUAGCAGACUAACUGGUUAUGGAGCCUAAUCGGAUCAUGUGGUGGGUGGUAAAGUGAUGCGACUAUUCUUUUGGAUAAAGUCGUGUUCUUGUGUCUUUUUUCCAAAGUUGUCGAAGAGAAGCCGGCGGCAGAAGUUGAGGAAGAAGAAGAAGAUCAAAAGAACGCUGGUAAUUUGCUGGAUAAUCUGUUCAGAAAAACGAAAACCACGCCUUGUUUAUACUGGUUACCGCUCAGCGACGAACAGGUACGUUUUGGUAUAUAAUGUGCCCGGUUGAUCAGGAUGAGAUUGAUUUUAUUUUCGUGGAUAUUGCUUUUAAAAGCAAGAUCUUUUUUGACUGAAUCAUGGUCGCAUACAUGUAUCAAAGCAUUAUGAACACUUUUCACUUAAGUUACUUGAAAGCAAUCUGUUAUUUUUUGCCCGUCCAUGCCUCCUGUUGGCCUUUCUGUACCUCUAUUGUGUGUCAAAAUCCCCCAAAAUAGGCUAUUUCCGAGUUGCCCAAGCCUCUGUUUCAAAGCGAGGCUAAAGGCGAAGCUAUAGUUAUCAAAAUGAUUUUUAAUAAACUGGCAAAUAAAAGUCACUUUCACAAGAAAGGUUUUGAACUUACAGCCUCGUUUUGAAAGUGAGUUUUUGGACCUAUUUUCCUUAGCCCCUCAGAGCCUCAGUAUGGUCCCUACGUAUAGUCAAUGCUUCUGUCUGUUUUCAGAUUGCAACACGGGAACGCGAAAGAGAAGAAAGACGCAAAGCGCGACAGGAGGAAAUAGAAAAGGAAAACAAAGAGCGAAAAGAACGACAAGAGCAACGUGAGAAAGAACGUGAAAAAGAAAAACGAGAGCGCGAACAGCAGAAACAGCGGUCACGCUCACCCAGAAACACAAGAAGAGAGCGAAGUCGAAGCAAAAGUAGAAGCAGAAGCCCGCGUGGGCCGAGAAGGCGAUGA